GGCCGACGACAGGCGAGGCACGCAGCCGGAGGCCAUUUCCAACGAGCUGGCGGGGGCGAAAGAUGGCGACGCCCCUUGGGUGGUCGCAGGUGGGCUCUGGUUCUGUGUGUCUUGCCUUCGAUCAACUGCGGGACGUGAUUGAAUCUCAGGAGGAACUGAUCCACCAGCUGAGGAAUGUGAUGGUUCUCCAGGAUGAAAAUUUUGUCAGUAAAGAAGAGUUCCAGGAGAUAGAGAAGAAGCUGGUGGAAGAAAAAGCUGCUCAUGCCAAAACCAAAGCCCUCCUGGCUAAGGAAGAAGAGAAGUUACAGUUUGCCCUUGGAGAGGUGGAGGUGUUGUCCAACCAGCUGGAGAAAGAGAAGCUGGCUUUUGAAAAAGCGCUCUCCAGCGUCAAGAGCAGAGUUCUGCAGGAGUCUUGCAAGAAGGACCAGCUCAUCACCAAGUGCAAUGAAAUUGAAUCUCACAUUAUAAAGCAAGAAGAUAUACUUAAUGGCAAAGAGAAUGAGAUUAAGGAGUUGCAGCAAGUUAUCAGCCAUCAGAAACAGAUUUUCAGGGCUGUCAAGCCUACGACCGGCCGGCUCCGUUGCAGGAAUCACAUGUCUGACUUCCGGAUCCAGAAGCAGCAGGAAAGCUACAUGGCCCAUGUGCUGGACCAGAAGCAUAAGAAAGCCUCGGGAACACGUCGGGGCCGUAGCCGUCAGUGUCCCAGGGAAAAAUAAAAUGCUUACUUUCCUGUUCUUUAGCUGU